AUGAGUCCCACCGAGCUGAGAAGAAAGAAGGUGGAGUCAGACAGCAGUCACUACGAGUCAUACGGUGAUGAAGAUGAGGAGGAGGAUGAGGGGGAGGAGCUGGUGAAGGACAGAGCUCAUUACAUCCAAUGGAGCGCCUCUCAGCCCUGCCUAAGACCCGCCCCUGAGUCCCGCCUCUGUGGUUACCUGUGGAGGAGGAAGUGGCUCGGACAGUGGACCAAACAGCUGUUCAUCGUCCAGAACCAUGAGCUGCUGUGUUAUAAAUGUGCUCGGGACCUGCUGCCUCACCUGGAGCUGAACCUGCGCGGCUGUCAGCUCGUCUACAAGUCCAAGAGCAACAGGAAGAUCCAGCACCAGCUCAAACUGGUUCUGCUGGGCUCCGACACCCUGGUGCUGGGAUACAGCAGCUUCCAGCAGGCCGACGAGUGGAGGAGGGUGAUAGAGGAGGUGAGUGUUGGAGGUGAAGAGGAGAUUGAUCGAUCAUCAUCUCUGAUUAGAUCAGAGCAGCUGCUGUCCUUCAGGUCCAGUUCAGUCCAGACUGACUCUGAGGAGGAGAAACCUUCAGCUGGCUGCAGCGUCCACAAACACAAAGGCUUCCUGAACGUGCUGAUGAACUGUCAGUGGCAGAGUUUACUGUGUCGGGUGGAGGCCGGCGUCCUCAACAUGUUUGGAGAGGAGGAGGUGGAGAAGGAGGAGGAGGAGGAGGAGGAGGAGGGAGGGGAGACAAAGAGGGAGCGAUCUCCUCAGUACACCGUCCAGCUCCGAGGCUGCGAGGUACGAGCCGGGCCCGACACUGACCACUCCCACAGGAUCACACUGAGCAUGCUCAGGGACCAGGUCGCUGUGCUGGAGGUCGGUAGUUUGGAGGAAAAGGAGCGCUGGCUGAAGCUACUGCAGGACGGAGCUGUCAGUCACAGUCACCAUGACAACAAUGCACAUGGGCACACAGUUCUCAGCGGGCUGCAGACUCGGAGGUUUCCCACCUCCAACACUUACAUGGACGACCCCUUCCACCUGGGUGGACCAGGCCGGGACCAGCCCAUCUACUCCAACACCUCCAUCCUGGAGCACAUGCUCCACAGCUCCCAGAAUUCAGUUCACCACAGCUCAGUGUCAUCAAAAGACUCAGUGACCUUCAGCAACACAUUCAUCACCA